CUUCUGUAGAUGCGACCAAAACUCGAUUUCUCCCUUUUCUCAGUCUCACUUCUUACCUUCACACAUACAGACAGGUAGGGCACACGGGUCUGGGAGUGUGUGCACACGUACACGUCACACACACCCAGAAGCAUCCACACACAGAUAAACACUCACCGUGAGUGACCCAUUGCCAUUGGCCAGGCCCACCAACCCUCUGCCUGUCCGAGCUGAAGAACAGGACCAUUUGGGAAAGGAGGAGAAAGAGGAAGAUGGUAACGCUGAGGUUGAUGUGGGGACUCCUGGUCCUGUGUGUGGUGGCAGCCUCUCCCCGCAGAUACGUCCGACAAGCAGAACUAGAUAAAUAUGGCAACAACAAUGUGGAUUUAGACCUGAAUGUGGAUACCGAUGAUGUCUAUGAUUAUUAUGAUGGAAUUGAUGAACCACAGAUAGAGAUUGGCACCUUGAGCCCUGAUGAGGACAUUGAUCCUUCACAUCAUGCCUCAUUGGAGGAAGAAGAAGAGGAGGAGGUGGAGCAUGAAGAACGGAGGACAGUUGAGGGGAGUGAGGACAAUGAAUUACCCAUAAAGCCUCAGCUUAUUCCAUCUGGCUCUGGGGAGUCCGGGACUCUGAUGGGCCCUAGUGCACAGGGAGAGGAGGAGCUUCGUCUGACGCCCAUUGACAUCCUUCAGAUUUCUGGGGACAUUUCGGGUUCUGGUGACUUGGGCUCUGGACACUUACUUGAUGACAAAGCGUCUGGGUCUGGAGAGCCUUUGGGCUCUGGAGGUUCUGGGGCCUCUGGUGACAUAUCAGGUUCUGUGGACUCAGAGGACCUUGGUUCUGGAGUCUCUGGGCUUUAUGGUUCAGGCAUAAUAUUGAUCUCAGGUGGAGAGGAGGAGCUCCACUUGACGACUGAAACCAUUCCACAUGAGGCCUCUGGGGAUUUUGGAGAGUCUGGAAUCUUUUGGGUGUCUGGAGCUUCUGGGUUACCUGAGAUGUCAGGAGAUCCUUCAGUCUCUGGGGUUCUUGAUGCAUCUGGAGAGCCUGUGGCUUCUGGGGUACUUGAGGUAUCAGGAGAGCCUGGGGCCUCUGGAGUACCUGAGCUGUCAGGAGAGUCUGGGGCCUCUGGGGUACCUGAGGUUUCCGUAGAGUCCGGGACCUCUGGGGUGCCUGAGGCAUCUGGAGAGCCUGUGAUCUCUGGGCUGCCUGAGGCAUCUGGAGGGCCUGAGAUCUCUGGGGUGCCUGAGGCAUCUGGAGAGCCUGUGAUCUCUGGGCUGCCUGAGGCAUCUGGAGAGCCUGUGAUUUCUGGGCAGCCUGAGGCAUCUGGAGAGCCUGAGAUCUCUGUGCUGCCUGAGGGGUCUGGAAAGCCUGAGGCGUCUGGAGAGCCUGAGGCGUCUGGAGAGCCUGAGAUCUCUGUGCUGCCUGAGGGGUCUGGAGAGCCUGAGGCGUCUGGAGAGCCUGAGGCAUCUGGAGAGCCUGAGAUCUCUGUGCUGCCUGAGGGGUCUGGAGAGCCUGAGAUCUCUGUGCUGCUUGAGGUCCCUGAAAAGACUGGACCAUUUGAUGUGGGGUCUGGGGUCCCCGAAGAGUCUAAACAGCCUGAGGUCACUUUGGAGUCAGGAGAGUCUGGGAGCACAGAGGAGUCUGGGGUGACUGAGGCCCCAGUCGUCACCACUGAAAUAUUAAUACCCGACUUAGAUGAAGAGGAGGAGAUACUCCUAACUACCCCGACCACUCCCUUGGAGGGGAAUGGGGGUGAUAUAGGGUCAGGGGUACCUGAUAAUGACACAGAUACAACAGGUAUGGGUACCUGUAUGCUCUGCACCUGCCUGGUCGGAUCUGUUUACUGUGAUGACCUGAAGCUGGACCGUGUUCCUCCCCUCUCCAAAGAAACCACUCAUUUCUAUGCCCGCUACAACAAAAUUGCUAGGAUCGCCAAGUCUAGCUUCGCCAACCUGAAUAAAUUAAAGAGGAUCGAUCUGACUAGCAAUGGCAUUUCCAGCAUUGAUGAUGAUGCUUUCUUUGGCCUUCCUGCUCUGGAGGAGUUGGUAUUACGAGAGAAUAGUAUUAGACAACUUCCUGCUCUGCCACCCUCUAUGAUCCUUAUUGAUGCCUCUCUCAACCACCUGGGCAGCACUGGCAUUCAGAGAGAAGCUUUCAAGGACAUGCCAGGGCUACUUUACCUUUACUUGACAGACAACAACAUAGACCACAUCCCGGUUCCUUUGCCUGACAGUCUGCGCUCUCUGCACCUACAGAACAACAAUAUCCAAAUGAUACAUGAGGACACCUUCUGCAAUCCACAUGACUUGAACUACAUCCGCAAUGCUCUUGAGGACGUUCGUCUGGACGGUAAUCCCAUCAACCUCAGCAGAACCCCGCAGGCCUACAUAUGUUUGCCACGUAUCCCCAUUGGUGCCCUUAUUUAAGGCGAGAAAACGCACAUUCAAAUGCACGUGUACAAAACUCACACGUAUGCACAUGCAUCAAAACUCCUCUGUGUGUACCUCUCUUUUUUUUUUUUUUACUUUGGGCUCAAGCAAACACUUGGAUAUGAAUGGCUGUCUUUAAAGGAGGUUGGCAUAAAUACAUAAACUCACACUCUCACAGGAGUUCUGGUGGACACUUCCAACUCUACGCUGCUUGUGUUUCUACCUUUUUACACAGUGCAUACUUUUCAUAAUGUAGGUGGUUUGUAAUCAUAUCUGGAUUUAUGACGUCUCACAAACACAUAUGUGUCUAGCCUCAUAAACAUUACG